GAGAAUCUAGACAGUCAUAUUUUCAGAUCUAAACCGCGCACAGCGAUUUACAGCCGGCGGCGCUCCACGUGAGGGAAGUUGAAGCGCGCGCCAAGUAAAAGCGUGACAACUUCCGGUUUCUCUGAGAGAGGGCGUGUAAAAAAAAGAGAGGGAACUAAAAAGAAAGAAACGAGGUAAAUAGUGAGGGAGAUGCUGAAGGGAUAAUAGAGAGAGAGAGAGAGAGAAAAAAAAAAGUGAGGGAAUUUUGGAUGUGUAGAAGCACUGGGAGCUCCUUGCACAUAAGGGUUUAACAUUUGCAGUGAAAAUUUUACAUUUCUCCUCCAAGACUUACACAGCCAUCCUGCUGCGAUGAUGGAAACACAUGAAGCGGCUCUUUAGCAACAAGGGAGUGGUCCCCAGACCUCGCAUGGGCCUGAAGCCAUGAGCCACACCGGCCCUUUUCCUGAGCGGCUCGUGGAGUUCUGGAUGGGCAAGGCGGUGGAGUGGGGCCAGGCCCUGACCCCUGCGACCCGGCACGACGUGGCCCUCCACCUCGGCCAGCUGAGGGCUUUCCUCGGCCGGCUCCUGCUAGAGCUGCGAGUGGCUGGUUCCACCCAGGAGGUGAUGAGGGCGGCUCCCUUCGUGGGCCAGUUCCUGGGAAGACUCUGCUGGAACAGCUUCGUGACUGCUGACAAGGAGAGCCGGGGUUGUCUGCUGCAGUGCCUGCACAGCAUGUACAGUGUGCAGCCCCAGGGGUCCCUUGAGCUUAAAGCCAACCAGUGGAUUCAGAAUGUACUGUGCCACCUUUUGACUGAGGAGGACUCCGGAACAGUGCAAACUGUACUCAAGCAUGUCGGCUGGACGUUGAGAGACUAUCAUUCAGAGCUGCUGAGAGACAUGGUGGCACUGCUGGUGAAUGAUGUCAGGAAAGCCUCCUGCAGUGAAAUUCACACUCGGGGAGUAUGUUCAUGUGACAGGAUCCACGGCCUGUCCGUUUCCUGUACCCUACUGGUCACGUGUCCUGAGGCUGCCCCUCUGAUUGGUGCUCUGCUUGAGUGCCCCUCCGUCUGUCCCAAGGCAGCCCCAAGUGAGGCCUUCCUGCAUGCCGUGAAUGAGGCCCUGCUGAGGAGGAUAUGGCAGGAAUCAUCUUGGCCAGGACGCUGUAGGCAAUCGCAGGGCAGGCACACCCUCAGACUCAAGCACACCAGUCAGAGGCUGGUCCUGGAGGAGCAGGCGGUGGUGGCGCUGUGGACUCGCAGCCUCGUCAGCCUGGAGAGAGCCACGCUGCAGCUCUUGGAGUUGGUGCUCUCGGACCCGCAGCCGCCCAUGCAGGAGCUGGAGGAGCAGGUCACGGGCUCUCUACUGCCAAGAGCCUCUGCCCUCUCUUGUCCCCUUUUCCUCGUGGUCAGUGAUAUUUUCAGGGCCGCGUUGCGGGGGGCUUCUGGGAGCCGGGCCCUGCGCUCUCUCCUCCAAGCCUUCACACGCUGCUUCCUCCAGGCAUGGGGACAGGUGGAGCCGCAGGACAGGCUGCCCCUGACGGCCUUCUUCCCCAGCACCCCUGUGUCUGUGCUCAUGGCCCUGGUGCAGCGUCCCGCAGAUUUGCCUGAGGAUGCGUGGCCUGCACACCUGCUCUGGAUCGGCCGCUGCCUUCAGAUGCCCAGGGGGCACAACGAGGCAGCAGACGCCAGGUGGCGCUGUGGUCCAUUUGACCGCUGGCUCUUGCUGGUGCAGAAUGGGCACUGGGUGGAUGUGGCGUGCCAGCUUCUGGUCACAUCUGAUCCCCAGGUCUCUGCUCCUCUGGUUUGGCUGCUGAUGUUCUAUCAUCACCCAGAUGACAAUGAGCAUAAAAGGACCCAGGCACUAGCUGUGGCUGAGGCGGCCCUGUUCCACCUGAGAGCUCUGUUCUGCAGUGCCUGCCCGCCCCCACCGCCUCGUCAGCAGGAACACGUCCAGGUGUUGGGGGGCCUGCUGACCGCCCACUCUCAACACCCCUCCACGGCUGGCCUCCUCCUCCGGCUCUCGGUCAGCUUCUGCGCCUUUUCCUCAGGGCCUGUCAGCGCAGCUGUGGAGCUGCUUGACGUGAUGAAGGUGCAUUCGGAGUUGGUUCACGAUGCCAUCACACUCCUCACCGGUUUUGAGUGUGGAUUAAGUGGAGGGGAAGCCAAUCCCAGGUUGAGGAGAAUUCAGGACAUUCUCCGAUGUGUACGGGUGGGCACCAACAGCGGCGUGCCCCAGGGCCUCUCCGUCGAGGCUGCACAUUCUUCAGAUGUCUCAGCCCUUGUUACAGAUGCUAAGCAGUCUGCCAUCGCUUUUACCACCGGAGGUCCCCGGGAUGUCAGCCUGCCAAACGCCCUGUUUUCCAGCUACACACCGUUUUUAGCCGGGAAUGGUUAGGGCGGUCGCUCCGUCUCUUCCCGUGAAAUUUAUCCUGCUGCAAUAAAAAUGUAGACUGCAUAUUUUUUUAAACAUUACUUUGAUUUCCCGACAGACUUUAGAAAAUAAAAGGGAUGAUUAAAUCCGG